AUGUUGGGGCGAGGACAAACUCUUCUUGUAGCCAGUGCACACACGCUAGCGCUCUGUGCCGUCGUGCAUUUUUUCGUUAAUCGAGUUCAACCAACUGCUUACAUGGACGAGAUAUUUCAUGAGGAGCAAACUGUCACAUAUCUUCGAGGCGAAUGGCGAAAGUGGAACUCUAAGAUCACUACUCCUCCCGGUCUGUAUGUUCUAACUACAUUCCUCUGGAAUCUCCUUCCGCUACAAGCCUGUGUCGCGAACUUUAGAUUCCUAAACUGUUUUAUCAGCGGCGCUAAUUUCUUCGUUCUGGUGGAAUUGACACAGAGCAUUCUUAUCGCCCUUGACAUCGCUACGCUUCCCGUUCUUUUCUUCACAGGCAUUCUCUUCUAUACCGAUCAGCUUUCGCUGCUUGCUAUUCUUCUCACCCUCUUUGCGCAGCGAUCGUCUAACACAGUUUUGGCGUUCCUAUUUGGUUGCUCGGCUUGUUGUAUUCGUCAAACUAACGUAGUCUGGCUCGGAUUCAUGAUUGGCCAAGAAGCUGUCAGGCGAAUAGCUUCCAUCCCUCUCUGUGCUCCAAAAGCUUCUAUGCAGUGGUACUUUUACCUACUUAAACACCCUGUCGAUAUUUUCACCGCAUGUUUCAAGGCAGCUCUCUUGGACGCUCCCCACCACACUGCAACAAUUGUUCUCUUUGCUAUUUUCGUAAUUGUAUUCAAUCAGGGAGAUAUUGUUCUUGGUGACCGUGAUGCUCACAAACCUGCAUUUCAUGUUCCUCAGAUCUUUUACUUUUUCGUCUUUUGUGCUUUGCAAACGCCAAUCUCUUUCAUGCGUUACCUGUACGCCAAUUUAUCUGUGCCGAACCGCGUGUCCCUGGUCCGCAUCACAUUACUCCUUUCCUUAACGAUUAUGCUGAUUGGUUUUUUCACUGUAGAGCACCCUUACCUCCUGGCCGACAAUCGCCACUACACUUUCUAUUUGUGGUCGCGAUUAUUUCGUCGAUACAAAAACCUUCGUUACGCUGUGGCACCGAUCUAUCUUUUAUGUGGGAACUAUGUAUGCCGCGGCUUGCGUGGUGGCAAUCUGUCGGAUUUUCUGACGACUGUAGGCUAUCUUGUGACCAUCGCAUUGGUACUAAUGCCAGCAGGAUUAAUAGAGCCAAGGUAUUUCAUUGUACCGUACGUAGUUUGGCGGCUGACGAGACCACAGAUGUGCGACGAAAUUAGUUCCAUUGUCGCGGAGGUGGCUAUGAACGCCGUGGUCAAUGCUGUUACUGUCCACAUUUUUGUGUCCUAUCCCUUCAGAUGGUUGUCAGAGCCCUUUACUUGGCAGCGAUUCAUGUGGUAA